CGAGACAUAUUCAAUUUUGAACUCAUUUGAGUGGAAACUUUUCAAUUGAAAGUUGCAUAAAAAUCGAGCUUUUUCCAAAGGAAGAAAAAAUGAAUCGAAAAUUAUUCGUACUAUUGUUGACUAAGAUUGUCAUUUGCGGGCUUGGCUUUGUCAGUGCUGAGGGCAAUUUGAGUUUUUCUGACAAAGUAAUCAUUGUAACUGGUGCCAGUUCCGGCAUUGGAGCCGAUGCUGCCAUACAUUUAGCAAAGAAAGGUGCCAGCAUUUCAUUGAUUGGUCGAAAUGAGAAGCGAUUGAAUAAUGUUAGUGAGGAAAUCAAAAGCGCCGGAGCACCAACACCGUUAAUAAUAUUAGCAGAUGUCACAACAGAUGCACAGCGAAUUAUUAACGAGACAGUAAAUCAUUUCGGGAAGUUGAAUAUAUUGAUUAAUUCUGCUGGUGUAGCCAAGAUGAAUAAUGCCGAAAAUGUCGAAAUGGCUGACUACGAUUUGUUAAUGAACAUCAAUGUGCGCAGUAUUGUUGAACUCACGAAAUUCUCCAUUCCACAUUUAAAUAAGACCAAAGGUAAUAUUGUAAAUAUCGCAAGUGUCUUUGGAAUUCAAACACCGCAUAAUAGCUAUGUGUACGGCAUUUCAAAAGCGGCUGUUAUUCAACUAACCAAAUCUGCUGCAAAAGACAUGGCUUCAAAUGGGAUUCGUGUGAACGCGGUCGCGCCAGGAAUAAUUCGCACACGCAUGGUGGAAACGUCGACGGGUUUGACAUCAGAAGAAGCUGAUCAAUUUUUCGAUAAAAACGGUAAGGCAUAUCCACUUGGUCGUGUUGGCGAAGUAGAAGAUACAUCAGCGGCAAUUGAAUAUCUAGCCAGCGAUGUGGCCUCCUUUGUCACAGGAACCAUAUUGACGGUAGAUGGUGGAGCGUUAGUGGGAAAUGUUGAUCUAGUAGUAUAAAAGCAUGUAGAUGCAAUCCAUACUGAUGGUGAGCAAUGUUUUUGUAUUAAGAAGGCUUCACAUUGUCGAUUGACCAUUUUUAGAUUUAAAAAAAAAACUGAAUCAGAAUAUUUCAUAACAAUAUUUACGUUAUAAUCACAAUCUGCUGCAUUAUUGGAUCAUUUUUAAGUUUGAUUUUAUUUUUGUGAUGUUAAUCCUAAAGAAUUAAAAUAAAAUGAUUCAGACCACAGAUAGAA